AAUCCGCUCCGCCUUUUGGCCCGAUCCCCUCGACUGCCCGACCUUUAUAAGCGCGCCUCGCACGGGACGCCUUCCGAAUCAGAACCGCGCGCCCCAUUGGCUCGCAACCCACUCGCACACCGGUCGUCCGCUUGGCAAAGCCUCGCUCCCGUAUCCACGCGCGGCUUGUAGCUCGGUGCAGUUUGCAGCGGGCGGCCGGGAUAGCACACACGAGACACGACACACACCCAGUUUGCAGUUCGGCACGUUGGAGGCACGAGGCGGAGCGUUGGUUGGGAUGGACACCGCGGACAGAGUCGGGGACGGCGGUGGAGGCCGCGGGCGUGGGCGGAGAUGGAAGGGGUUGAGCGCGGGCUCCGCGGAGAGGCAGCUAGCGCUAGUUUUAGAAGACGCGCCGGCGGCCGCAUUACUCCGGCCCAUGAAGAAGAUCCGCAGCCCCGACCGCCUCCAACGCUCGGUGUCCUCGCUGUCGUCGGUCCCUGCCUCCCCUGACUCGUCCUCUGUUUCCAAUCCCAUGUCCCCGCCUGCCACAUCGCUGCCAUCGACGCGACAUAUAUUUCCGUUCGCGUACGAUCCGGCCCCGGCUGCAUCGACGGCGGCGGCGGCGGGGGCGCCAAGGCUCCUGCCGCUGUUGCAGUACGCCAGCGUGUACCAGCAGCCUCUGCCGCCGCAGCAACAGCAACCUUUGCAGCACCAGCAGAUGAUAUCGUUCGGCAACGGCCAGCAGCAGCAGUUCGGGGCGGCGUCUCCUCUGUUCCCGCCGCAGUUCGUGGCGCCGGAGGUGCAUCAGCAAAUGCUGCUGCGCUACUGGAGCGAGGCACUGAACCUGAGCCCCCGCGGAUUUCGUGACGGGGCCGUGCCGCCGGCGCUGUACCAGCAUCUGCUGCGUGCGCCGGGGCCGCCAAAGCUGUACCGCGGCGUGCGGCAGCGCCACUGGGGAAAGUGGGUGGCGGAGAUCCGCCUCCCGCGGAACCGCACGCGGCUGUGGCUCGGCACCUUCGACACCGCCGAGGACGCCGCCAUGGCGUACGACCGCGAGGCCUUCAAGCUCCGCGGCGAGAACGCGCGGCUCAACUUCCCCGACCUGUUUCUUGGCAAAGGCCGCGUCGGGGGGAGCGGACGCACCAGCGCCAGCGCAGUGGCGUCGUGCUCCUCCUCCACCUCCUCUAAUCCGCCGACGCCGGACGAGAUUCGCACGAAGCAAGCUCAGCAGCAUCACGGAGAACCGUCCAACAGUGAAGCAAAGCCCUUGCUCCCUGCAUCAGAGCAGGAAAAGAACUCGGAACCCGAACCAAAUCCUCAGCUCCAGACAGCAGAUCAACAAGGUUGCGACGGCAACACGGCCAUGUUCCAGCCAUCGGUGACGUCCGGCGGCGUGUGGGAUCCCGCCGACGAGGCGUGGUUCAGCACCUGGGGGCCAGGCAGCUCAGUCUGGGACUACGACAUGGACAACGCUCAUGGCUUCUUCCUCCAGUCUCGCUUCGCCGGUGAGCCGUCCGGCAUGGACUACGGGUCCAGCGCGCCGGAAGUCCCCGUGACACCAGCACCGGCGGCAGGGACUGCCAUGGCAACUACUGCCACGUUUUCUCUUCCUCCUCCUCCGCCUCCCCACAGUCCAACCUACAUGUGGAAGGACUGAACUCGCAUGCCCAUCUCUGAUCGUCACACGCAACCUUCGCACACAGGAAGUAAUUAGGAUGCGGGAUGCGCACAGGUUGCAGGUUUUAAGAGACAGCUUGUGGCAUCGCGCAGUAUGAUCGCAUUCAUAUAACAGGAGCAUCUGAAGGACCUCCCUUUUAUCUGGACCUUUCUCUCUGACCACUUUCCUCCUGAAAAACCACAAGGAAUCCCGGCUGCAUUUUUGAGGCUGCGACAGGGAUAGCCUAUAUUUCAAUCGCCAUCCUUGUUGAUCUUUCCAUGACGAUUCAUGCUUCCAACAUGAUCUUUAGUAUUUCUAGCAUGUUUCCUAGCUAGCUAGUGCACACAUCCGAUCAUCUGUUUGCCGAAGAUUUGUUGUUGCAUGUAGUAGUCUGUCUUCGUGGAUCUCCUAAAGGCUUGGAAGGAGGAGACGGGUUUUAAGCUCUCCUCUGCUCUUUACUUGAUGUUUAUGUUUACCGCGCUUACUGCACUCCGCACAAUAAAUAUACGAUUGUAAGUGUGCGCGCUCGUAUGUGUCUUGAUUUGGAAAUAUUUAUGUAACUGCCAAGUACUUUUAUGUAGAAUCCGUUUUAUGAUUAAUGAAUCUGCAGUUGCUGAAUGAAUUGCUGAAGCACUCUUUUCUCCUCUCUCCUCGAAUGCAUCAUGUCCGCGAGUUUUAACAGAGCAGCUGAGAGCAUGACCACAUUUCGGAGCGUCUGAAAUAUGAUGCACUGAUGCAUGUCGCUAGAUCGACAAACAUGCCCUAUUCAACCAAGAAACCGAUCCGGCAAGAUUAUCAGGCCUGGCCGAAAAAGGAUCCAAUACUACGAGUAAAUCUGAGCCCAGUAACUGGAAAAUUAGGUUCUAGUUAGCCCAACAACAAAGCCCAAACAUGCACUUCGAGCCGAAUU